GUGGUGGACCGGCUUCCCAGCGUCUCGCGUCUGUGUUUGGUGGUCCCCUGUCUUCUGCGCGCUCAUCUUGCUCAGGUGAGCGGUGCUGCUAACGCGCAGCUAGGCAGUACUCGAGCCCGCCGCUGAGACAGGAGAGACAGAUACUACAGCGUCCGUGUAGUCCAGCUACCUAGGGACAGAUGAGCAGUGAUGUGCAUGUCCACUCCUGGCCUUGUUCCUACUACCUGAACCUUGAGAAGCAAUGGGUUCCUGGGAAACUGACCUUGACACCUCAUUCACUGAAGUUCAGUGCAGACAGAACUGAAGAGGUCCUUGUGGGCCUGCCUCUCUCCAGCAUCACUGAGAUCAGGAAAGAGUCUUCUCUCUUUAUCUUCUGUGCCAUCACAGUCCUGGAGAAGGGCCAGGCCAAGCACUGGUUCAGCUCUUGGCGGCCCAGUCGCAAUGUGGUCUUCAACAUCAUCGAGCACUUCUGGAGGGAGCUGCUACUGUCCCAGCCAGGCACUGCUGCCAGCACAACCUCCCCCAUGACCAGGGGGCAGGAGCUGGUGGGACUGAUGGCUAGUUCCCAGAGACGAAUGGAAGACACAUCAAAGGUCCUUCAUCACCAGGGAGAGCAGCUAGACAGCGUUAUGAGGGGCCUGGAGAAGAUGGAGUCAGAUCUAGAUGUGGCUGACAGGUUGCUGACAGAAUUGGAGUCUCCUUCCUGGUGGCCCUUUAGCUCUAAGCUUUGGAAGACGGCAGCAGAAGCCAAGACCAAGGAAGCUGUCUCUAUAGCCGCUUGUGAGCCCUUUGGAAAGGAAGGGGUGGUGAUCAGAGUCCCUGCUAUUGUUUCUCAGAGAACAGAGUCUCAUUCCAAGCCAGGAAAGCUCACUGUCCUGGUUUCUGGUUUGGAAAUCCAUGACUCCAGUUCAUCACUCCUGCAUAGGUUUGAGAGGGAAGAUGUGGAUGAUAUCAAGGUUCACUCUCCUUAUGAGGUCAGCAUACGGCAGCGGUUCAUCGGCAAGCCAGACGUGGCUUAUCGGGUGAUAUCUGCCAAGAUGCCAGAGGUCAUUCCCAUUUUAGAAGUGCAGUUCAGCAAGAAGAUUGAGCUCCUGGAAGAUGCCUUAGUGUUCAGGAGCAGGGCCCGGACUUCCCCUGCAGAGGGUAGCUGCUCCAUUCGGCAUGCAGCAUCCAGACUGAUGGGCUGCAAUACACACCGAGAGCUACCCACAGGAGGCCAGGAAGGCGAGCAGCUGCAGCUGCAGAAGACCUGGCCACUGCUCUCUGAGGGGGAAGCCCAGGAGCUGACACAGACCAUGGCACAUGUACCUUCAGGACAAGGGUGCUGGCUGAGAAUUGCAUUAUCAGCACAUCACAGCAUAUUUACACCCUCUGGAAAGACACGAUGCUUUUAUGGGACCCAUGUGUGCACAAGCCAAGAGCCUAUAGAGAAGCAUGGCCUGACUGUGGGAAGCUGGGAAGUCUUGUCAGAUGACAUAAGUGACAGGCAAAUCCUGAGCAAGCUGAAGGGACUGGCACUGGACACUGAGGCAGAGCUUGAGCGCCAGGAUGAGGCUCUGGAUGGCAUCACCGUAGCAGUGGACCAGGCAACCCUGACUGUGGACAAGCAUAAUCGGCGUAUGAGAAAGCUGAUGUAGUGGGGCCAGCUUCAGAACAGCCACCCUGGCAUGGCUCUCCUGAUUCUGCUGUCGUUAGCCCUGUGUCCUUUGCACUGGAACCUGGGAAGCCAUUCUUGGUGCUGUGGACUAUAAGACCCUGCCUGGGAACUGUGCCUUCCUAGGAUGGGCCACCAAGAGGAGCCACAUGAAUGUGAUGUGUUUUCUGGGUGCCCUUUGCAUGUGGGCCAAGUCCAGUUCAAGUAAGGAUGGCCACCACAGCAUAGCCAUGCUUCCUGUCCUCACUGAGACCCCAGCUUUGUGCUGCCAUUGGGGGGGCCAUGACCCAGGUUACCUUGCACAAAUCACAUCAUAUUGUCACCUUUUCCCUGUUUUUGCUGAACAGUAAAGACUGUCAAUCAUUCUAAGGGAGGUAUGAAUA